AUGUCUCACCCUGCCACAGGCAACCCAGCACCGAUGGGCCGUGAAACCGUUCCCACUGGCGGCACAUCCAUAGCGGUUGCCCACAAGACCUUCAAGAGGCGUGCCAGCAAAGCCUGCUCGUUUUGCCAAUGGCGCAAAAUUCGCUGUAAUGUUGAGGACCGCCACCCCUGCAGCAAUUGUGUCUUAGAGAGCAUCGAAUGUGCCAUCACAAAGACGAGACAGUCCAAGAAAUCAAAGCUCGACCACUCCGUACAAGCCUCAAACCCUGUACAAGCAUCGGAAAGUGCAAAUGCUGUCGCAAUCACCGCAGACCAGGCCAGAAGUGUCGCCAAUGGCAAUGGCAGCCAUGUGCAGCAAGUUGAGCCACGUUCACCAGAGAACGUAAUUCCCAUCCACCGUGUGCCUUCUCCUCAUGAUCCAGACGAAGUGGCAGCCUCUUUCCCCAUUCACUACCCAGAUGAGAUCGUUCAAGCUCCUUCUCUCAAUCUGACUCCAAGCGUCAAUUCCGGCACAUCGCCUCAAGGUACUAGCGAUGCCAUGAUCAAGACUUCUUCCUCGUUAGGAACAGUCUGCCUACCGGAGUUUUUGGAGCCUGUUCCCAGCCAUCUACCCGCAGAAGAUAUUGAGUAUCUUCAUAAGAAGGGCUGCUUUGACAUUCCAGCCCCAAAAUUUCGCGAUGCCAUUCUUCGCUGUUAUUCUGAGUUCUCCCACCCGUACAUGCCCCUUCUCGACCUCGGUCGAUUCCUCUAUGCCAUCACAGAUCCAUCACCCAACACCAGUCGCAUCAGUCUUCUCUUAUUUCAAGCUGUCAUGUUUGCGGGAAGUGCGCAUGUUGAUAUCAAACCACUCCGCAUGCUGGGUUUUCUAACCCGUAAAGCAGCUAGAAAGGCAUUAUUCAUCAAAACAAAAGCUCUCUAUGAUAUGGAGUACGAGAAGAACAGGAUGGCAGUCAUUCAAGCCCUAGGCCUUAUGUCAUAUUGGUAUGAGACUCCAGAUGACCAAAAGAAUGCUUGCCAUUGGCUUCGAGUUGCACUAUAUUUGUGCGAGCGUGAAGGUUUGAACCGUAAUCCAGCAACCAUGGACAUUCCAGAAUAUGAAAGGCGGAUACGAAGACGAAUUUGGUGGUCCUUUAUCACGCGCGAUCCAUUGUGCGCUCUUGGUCUGAAAGCACCCCUCAGCCAUUAUCCACGGGAUCAUGACGUCCCUGAAUUGACCAUUGAGGAUUACGAUCUCGGCGAUGUACCCCUACCUGGCUUCAACAAGGUAGGAGUUCGCUGGCCACCUGGAAAGAGACGCCUUUUGUGCCUGUCGACAAUUUCGCAAGCGCAACUCAAUAAGCACCUCUACUCGGUAUUGUCCCAGCAGUACAAAUUGGGAGACUAUCGCCGCAGAGCCGGAAAGUCUGAUGGCAAAUCGUCGAAGAUGGUUCUUCUACCCCUGACUACCGAAGCUGCCAGAUCUCGAAUCGACCAGCUCGAGAGUUCCCUCGAGUCAUGGCGAGCGUCUUUGCCAUCUGAACUUCGAACCACGACGGUAGGAUCCGAGAUCUCUGACUCGGGGUUCGAGCCAUUUAUCGUCAUUCGCACAGUGUUACAUCUUGUUUAUCACACCGGCCUCAUCACCUUGUACCGGCCGUGGCUACGACCGUCUCAACCAGAAGACGCCUUCCAGAGCAAGGUACGCUCAACAGUCAGGCACUCAGCACAGUCAAUUACAGAGCUGUCCGUAGAGCUCCAUCGGCUUGACCUCGCCCGCCAUCUUCCUCAGACCGGAAUCAGUGCGCUUGUUGCUGCAGUGGUCAGUCACAUCUCCGAUAUGCUGUCCAGUGAGGAGUCCAUUCAGAAGGCUGGUGUGCGCGGGUUCGAACAAUGCUCACAUUUGCUGAAUGAGCUGCGCGAAAACUACUAUGCGGCUGAUUUCUCGGCGGAUUUUAUCCGUCUACUGGCUCAGGCAAGAAAGCUAUCACAAAAAUCCUUGACGGGUCAGACAACGCUGGCCAUGCCGGAGAACGACCUCGAAGAUCAAGUCUCGGCGCAAUCCCGCUUCAACUCUGUUCUUGACAAUCCGGAUGACGGCAAACGAGUAGCUGAGGUUACUCGGCCCUUGCCUGAAGCUCUGUUUCCAGAGGGCACUAGCUUGUCAUACGAUUCAGUCGCGCUCCAAGAAAGUAUUGGGUGGGAUGUGCCAUUGGAGCAACGAGGUGCCGUCGAAGGUGCCCAGCACAUGUUUUCCUUUCAGCAAGACAAUCUAGAGUGGGAACUACCGCUCGACUUUGGAAGUGCCUUACAAGAUGCCCAAGUAUCGAUACCUGGACAGCACGCUGACGAAUGGGAUUAUUACCGCAACUUCCGAGACGAAACAGUCCGGCUUCUCGGUGAUUUCUACCACGAUUUUCAACCUGUUUUACCGAUUGAAGAGCUUGCAUAUACCAUCGAUGGAUUUUUCUGA